UGCUAACCUGCCAUUUGGUGCUGUGCAGGAAGUGUACAGCGGGUCUAUCAGAGCUUUUUUCACUGUAAACCGCUGCCUAUUGAGGUUGGAAACUACGCUGAUAAGAGCAGUGAAUCAGAACCAAAACAGUUAAGUUACGGGUCGUAAACAUCAAGCUCUAAGAUGCUAAAAUGCUCCGCAGAUUUGAGGAGAACUGCGGAGUUGGGUGAUAAUUCACACCUUUCACAUACACAUAGUCAUUUCAUCCAUUGUUAAAUUAGUGCAAGUCAACUGGCCUUUGGAUAAGUUUGCACUCUCCCCUCACAGUGACAAAGAAAGACUCCUACUUUUCUUUCUGUGUAAGUUCAUGCUACAUGUGAUCUGAGAGAUCCAUCUGCCUAGUGCAUGAUGGGAAAGGCUUGACCCUAUACCAAGACCCUUAAAAAGACAGACCACGCAGGUAAAGACAGCAAAUCAGCCUCUGAGGUGGAGGUAUUGGCUCUUGUGAUGUGUGGAGAAUUUGGGCACAGAGCAUAAAGGAGAUAGUUGUUAAUUAGUUAAACUCUGCAUGACUCCUUCUCUCAGCAGAGGUCAGAGCACUGAGAACCAUCCAAGGAAAAAGCACUGCAGGGGUCCGCUGCCUUUCUCUUGGCAUUUUUUGGGCAUCAUAGUUGAUCAAAUGCUGGCUCGCAUCAGCACAAACCUCAAAUACUAUCACUAUCACUAUGAUUGCUUUUGAAGCCAAAGGCCAAGACAAGAUCAUGAACGAGUAAUCUUAAAUUCUUAUUUUGUAAAUUUUAAUUCACUAGGUUACAAAUACCACAGACACAAAAGCAAGUCUUCUCAUGAUUCCCAUGACUUGUUGGUGUAUAAUUCACAAAUGAACAAACAUUUUGAGGUCAGGUUUGCUUCACCUUUUUGUUCUGCUCAUUAAUAUCUCAGCUACAGUUUGCACAUUUAGCCCAACACUAAUUUUUAGCUUGUGUCUGAAGUGUUGCAGUAUCGUUAUAAAUCAUAACACCAUCCUUAGAUAAAGACUGACUAAACUCAAGUUUGACAGCAUUUGCUGUGCUCAAAUGGUCAUAUAUGUGUUAAUUGCAUUCUGAAAAUGUCUUUUUAAGCUUUACGAAUGGGCUGACAGUGGAGUUUCAGCCCAACCACACAUCAGAGAUUAUCUGUGAGUUAAUCGUGUGUAGGGUCCUACUGUACUUUUACAGGCUUUGUCAGCACAAAGGCUCCAGAUGAAGUGAACGUGGAUACGGGAACAUCUCUGCUUGUUUGAUGUGCAUAACCUAAAGAAUUGUUCGAGUUUUUUUCUUUCUUUAUCAGCCAUCCGCAGAACUUGCUCUUGAUCAUACCUUACUCAUCACUUUCUCAAGGUUGAGGCAGAAUGUUAAUGACUGUGUGGACUGGAUCAUUUUAGGGAAUAUAAAGCAAGCAGGCCACGUAGAAGGAGCAGUGAUGCUGUUUAUGACUUUGUGUGCAAGAGCUUAAGCUUUAAAAAUGAGCACGAUGACGAUUUGUCAUUUCUGUUCUAUGGUUUUUAAUCUAGAACAGAAUUAUAGCACAAAUGUGUAAAUCUUUCAAAUUUCCUGAAGCACUUCAGAUCAGUUUUACACCACUAGGUGGGACUGUUUACUUGGUAACAUCGAAAUGCUGCCAUGACGCUGGUGUAUUUUAAAAACUGGCCAUUUGAGAAUCCACUGCAGACUGUGUGCUGUGUUACUUUGGAAAAAUGUAUUUACUUAGUUAGGCUUUCUUAUGCUGCUCAACAGUUUGUGUCAGCAGCAGUGAAAUGGCAAAUUUGUUAGGACUAAAUGCAAAAGAAUCACAACAGUACACAUAUUAUAUUGUGUCUCUCUGCUGUUGGAAAUUUCCUCAAUAAAAUGAAAGGCUUUAUAUAAGAAAUCUUUUUAUAGUUAUAUGCAAACUAUCACAAUAAUUUCAGUACAGUAGCAGCUCUUGUGUUGGCCCUACAGUCUCAUUAUUCAUGAUGGCUAUUAGGUGAAAUAACUACCGGAGAAGUGUUAUAUCCCACUAUAGAAUUAAAUAUCUUCCCAUUUUCAUUUUUAUAUUAUGCUCUUAAAAUGAAAGUGUUUCUCACAUCAUAAGGAGGCUGCAUUCAGUAUUGUAUUCUAAUUGCAUUUCGCAAGAGUGACUCGCUGCACACAUUUCUGAUGGCUUUUACGUGUCUAUAGUGUCUCCCUGAGGGUAAAAGCUCAAAGUGUGGGAUCACUUGUAAUCUAGAGAGCUUUGGUCUUUAUAUUUAAAUCAUUUUCUCACUGUUGCAUCUAUGCCUCCCCUAUAAUUCUAGUUAAUCUAGUCCACAAUGUUUUACCAAAGUGAGACAGUGAUAUAUAUAUAUAAUUAUUGUUUUGGUUUUAUUUGAGACUGGGCAGUUUAGAGAAUGGGAACAGAGGUCUUGUAACAGUUUCAAAGAAGGCGACUUAUUUCAAAACUUUAAAAUGUAUCUUGGUGCCUAUUAAAAUCUGGAGGAGUUUGACUAAAUAACAUUGGAACAUCUAACAACAAUAUAUACUGUAAUCAACCACCUAAAGAGGGCUGGUUUCAGUCCCCUUUGAUCUUCUGUCAUACACAACUGUACAUAGUGGAAUAAUAGAAAACCAGCAGUUCUUUUGGUUGGAGAGACAAUGGAGACAUUACCUUGAAAUGCUGGUACAGUUUUUCAAGAAAACAAUGAUUGUUCUUUAGGGCACACCUGGUCCUCAUAUUCUUUAACUGCAACAUUGUCUACACAUGUAAUGACUCCCACAACACAAGAACUCAAAGUAUUACAGAUCCAUCACGACCGUUUAACAGUUGGCAAAAGAGGAUUGUGGGUUGAAAACCUUUGUCUCUUUCCAAACAUUCACCUGCACAGAAGAAGUGUAGAAAAUCUUUCUUUUUCCACUUAUCAAGGCAUCUAGGUUUGAGCUCUUACACACACAAGGUUUUACAUCUUUGUGUUUCCGUUUCCUUAUUUAAGCGGCCCUUCUUUUCCAUCUGCAUCAGCUAUUGCUGAUAUGUCUUUCAUCUAGUGGAGCACUCAUAUUUCUCUUGAGUAGCCCCUCUUCUUCUUCAGAAUACCAAUAAGUCUUACAUUAGGCUUAAAAUCAAUAUGAUCCUUUCCAAAUCUGUAUUUAUUCCUCUCUCAGAUUGUCUCUCAACCUUAGAAGCUCUGCUGUGCUGUAGGACAGAGAAGAGGCUGGUGAAGGAGGGAGGAGGUGAGGGGAAUGUGAGGGCGGUCGGACUUGGAGAUCAAGUGUUCUGCUGUUUGAUGGAAUUUGCGGUUCCAGUUUGGGUUAGAGGUAGUCUCAGGACUUUGAGAGACAGGAAAUGUGUUUAAGUCUUGUGAUGUAAUUUGCGUGGAUCUGGUGCGGUGUGUACCUGAAGUGGAACCAUCACCUUUGGCGUGCUUCUCUGUGCAUCCUGUUGUUCAGUUUUGUGUAACUUUCUUUAUGGAUUGUAUGCCAUUUAAACACCUGCACAUGGCCUGAGCAACGUGUCUGAUCUCUGUGACGUCAGCAGGGUCCCGACAAGACCAGGAAACGACUCCCUCCUUUUUCGGUUGGAGGAGUGAUGUCAUCGCAGGGAGAGCGUGAGGUUGGCUGAGGCUUUAUUGAGCUUGACGUUUUCUUACCAAGAGCGCCAGACGUAUGACCACAUGUACCAGUCAGUACGAGGACACACGACCAGGAAAAGUGAGCGCCAAAUAACAUGGGAACACGUUUGUGACUUGUUAUAAACCCCCCUGAGAGGGAAAAGGAGUGUGAGGCAAAGGCACACGGAGAGACAGAGAUGGAGAUAGAAACCCAGAGGGGAAGAGGGACAGCAUGAGUGUGCAUGCUGAUGGGGAUAGGAGCGUGUGGAGCUACAGAGCUGCAGAAUCCUGAAUCCAGCAGAUGGAGACUCCGUGUCCUUGUUUUGCAGUGAUCUGUGGGAGCAACAUGCAGCUUGUGCCGCUGCCUUGCACUGCUGCAGUGGAGGAGUAAAUGCGGAGCCCAACACUGCUCCAGGUGAUCCACAGCAGCCCAGCCCGACAGACUGCUCCCUCCUUAGCCUUCCCUCUCCUCCUCCUCCUCCUCCUCCUCCUCCACCUCCUCCUCUUCCUCCUCCACCUCCUCCUCUUCCUCCUCCUCCUCGUCCUCCUCUGUCAGUGCUCCAUUCCUCUGAGGGCUUUGAAAAAAAUUACAAGAAAAGAACAGAAAAACAAAGGAGAAAUCCUGCUUUCCCCCUCCGUUCUCAGAUGUGAAACACCUCUGCAUGACUGUCCACCGCUUCCCUGUCAUCGUGUGAAGACGCGCCGCAUAUGUGCUCCAAUGUCUCCGGAACAUAGACUCGCUGCAAGACCAGAAGUUUUCACCUUGGUCCCCUUCUCGAAAGUUCAAUGAAGGCAGACGCCUCCCUCCAGCCAGGAACAUGAAGGGCUUAUCGGGCAGCCACUCCCAGCACCAGAUCCCUUUACCCUAUGGCUUGGACUAUGACCCCCAUGUCCAUGACCUCCACGCUCACCAUGGCUCUGAUUCCCGCCACUCGUCCUACCUGCUCAGCCCCACAGAGAGCUGUCCCAUGGACUUCCACCACCGCUACUCGCCGCGCAGCUCCAUCCACUCUGAUUGCAUGAUGAUGUCCCCCGUCAUGAUGCCCCCAGCUGCUGCGCCUGACCACAUCUCCAGCAGCACCUUCCCCAGAAUGCACUACAGCUCUCAGUAUUAUGACUCAGCCACACGGGACGACUGCGCUGCCAUCACAGCCUCUGCCACCUCCCCAGCUGUUGCUGCUGCAGCAGCAGCGGCAGCCGCCUCCUCCCAUCUCGCCGGCACUAAGAGCAACCGCCUUCCUGCUAACCUACUAGACCAGUUUGAGAAACAACUGCCACUACACCGCGAUGGCUUCCACACAUUACAGUACCAGCGCACCUCCACCACCACUGAGCAACGCAGCGAGAGUCCUGGCCGCAUCAGACACCUUGUUCAUUCUGUCCAGAAGCUCUUCACCAAGUCCCACUCCCUGGAGGGAUCAUCCAAGAUGAAUGGCACAAAAGGUGAUAUUGUAGGAGGUGGAGGAGGAGGAGGUUAUCACCAUCAUGGCCACCACUCCACCAAACAUGGUAGCAAGAGGAGCAAGAGCAAAGAACGUAAGCACCGCUCUGGCGGCUGGUGGAGCUCCGACGACAACCUGGAUAGUGACAGCACCUACCGCACACCCAGUGUCAUGUCGCGGCACCACGGGGAACAUGUCAGCCACUGCUACCCAGAUUCCAUGCACAGCCACCACUUUGGAGACCUGUCACUCAAGACAUCUAAUAGUAACAAUGAUGUCAAGUGCUCAGCCUGUGAGACCAUGGCCAUGGCGCCCGAGGGCAAAUUCAUGAAGAGGAGCUCCUGGUCGACACUGACAGUCAGCCAGGCCAAGGAGGCCUAUAGGAAGUCAUCGCUUAAUCUAGAGAAACCCAUGAUGCACACGGACCUCAAGCCUUCAUCGCGGACAUGUCACUACCUGCAGGUGCCCCAGGAUGAGUGGAGUGGAUACCCAGGCGAGAAGGAUGACGAGAUUCCAUGUCGGCGGAUGCGCAGCAGUAGCUAUGUCAAAGCAAUGGGAGAGGUGGAUGAUGAAAGUGGUGACUCUGACACCAGCCCUAAGACUUCCCCACAGAAGGCCAUUCGUCCUGAUGCUCUCGUUCUCAAAUCAGCCAUGCAGAGACCCCAUUUAGACUCCCAAAGCCAGGGCUACCACUUGCAAACCACAAGAGAUAUGCGGCCCCACCCUAGUGUCACGCUGGACCCUGCCACCUUUCAUCCCCCACCCUUCCGCUCUCGCAACCAGAGCUACAUGCGCGCCGUCAGCACCCUCAGUCAGGCUAGCUGCGUCAGCCAGGUGAGUGAGACUGAGGUCAAUGGCCAGUUUGAGUCAGUAUGCGAGUCCGUUUUUAGUGAAGUAGAAUCCCAGGCCAUGGAGGCCUUGGACCUGCCUGGUUCGUUCCGCACUCGAAGCCACAGUUACCUCCGUGCUAUUCAGGCUGGUUAUUCCCAAGAUGACGACUGCUUGCCUUCAAUGACAUCCUCCACUGUCACUUCAACUCUCAGAUCCACAACAGGCGCCCGUAGCUUAGCUGGGGGGCGUAGAGAGUACGGUAGGUCUGGGAUUCAGUUUCGUCUCCCUACUUCCUGCAGUGUGGACCGUGCUCAGCCACCUCCAGCGGUAUCAUACCCUCCCAGUUACAAGAAGACUCCACCUCCUGUGCCCCCGCGCACCACCACCAAGCCUCUUAUCUCUGUGACAGCCCAGAGCAGUACAGAGUCCACUCAAGAUGCCUACCAUGAGGGCAGGCAUCCACGGGGCGGUCUGUGGACCACAGAUAGCCUUGGUCGUCCCAUCUACAGCUCCACGGACAGCCUGGACAGCACCAAGGCAGUCACCAUGGCCAUGGAGUCAGCAGCAGGCAAGAGGCAUGCAUCUUUGGGCAGCCACAGCUCUGUCCAGACGUGUGACAAAGCAGUGCUGGUGUCCAAGGCCGAGGAGUACCUCAAAACCCCACGUUCCUCUAUUGGGAUACAGGUGGAAACUGUGACAGACUCUGAGACUGAAAGUAAAGGCCUUCCUCAGUUCCAUUCAAUAGGGAUCCAGGUGGAGGAUCAAAAACGGCAUGGGAGGUUCAAGCGCUCCAACAGCGUGACCACUGCAGUACAAGCAGACAUGGAGUUGGAGGGCUUUCCCUCCAUGGAGGACAAGGGCCUGCAGUUUGGUGGUGGCUUCGGUCGCCACUCUGAGCCCAGCACACCCACGCAGUAUGGGGCCAUCCGUACGGUGCGCACACAGGGUCUGUUCAGUUACAGGGAGGACUACAGGCCUUCCAGUGGGCCCUCCAGCCCGCAGCCUGAACCUUGGCUGGUUGAACCCAGUCUGGAGAGCACCGACGCAGGCCGAGUGUCCCCCCUUCGCAGGGACGGCAGCUGGUUUAUGCAGCUCCUUCACAAUGAAACCAAGCGGCUGGAGGGAUGGUGCAAAGAGAUGGAGAGAGAAGCAGAGGAGCAUGACCUGUCAGAGGAGAGUGAGUGUCCUGAGGGAAGCUACAUUCUUGUCAAAGCAGUCCUAGGAAAAAUCCGGAGUGCAGUAGGAAGUGCUCAGCUACUAAUGUCUCAAAAGUUUCAGCAGUUUUACUGGCUAUGUCAGCAGAAUCUGGACCCCAGUGCCAUGCCCAGACCCACAUCUCAGGACCUGGCUGGAUUCUGGGACCUCUUGCAGCUUUCCAUCGAUGACGUCACUGCCAAGUUUGAUGAGCUGCAGCAGAUCAAGAGCAACCAGUGGCAGCUGGUGGAGAGCCCAGAGAAGAAGGAACGGAAGUGGCCACCACCUAUGCCAAAGCGGCCGGCCAAGGGACGUGGCGGUAUGAUGCGAGAACGCUCUCUGGACCUUCAGGACCGCCAGCGACAGGAAGCCCGCAGACGCCUCAUGGCUGCCAAACGAGCAGCUUCUUUCAGACAGAACUCAGCCACAGAGAGGGCAGACAGCAUCGAGAUCUACAUCCCUGAAGCCCAGACACGGCUUUGAGGUCCACGGAUUCAUCCUCAGCUCCCCUUGUCCACCUCCACCCAACACCAGCUCGUUGCGUCACAUCCAGCCUCCUCCUGCUGUCAUCAUCUAUCACUGCUCGCACACUUUUUCAUCAUCUGUUGCCAUUCACUUACUGAAGCUACACUAGGCAAGAUUUCAGUUGAAAUACAUCCUUUUUUUUAUCAGCUUAAUUGACAAUGUGGCACUGCCAAAGGGAAGAACGCCCCAUCUUCCCUGAGUGAGAAGUCAGGUGAAUCAGUUGAGUCAGGUGUGGACGGUCUUUUCCCACAGAAAGUAAUAAAUUAAACAUUUCAAAUGAAACUGAGAAAUCUGGACACACCAGCGUUAGACCAUUUGACGUUCUUGACGUUUUGGUAUUCUUUGGUUAAAACUGAACACAGGCCAACUAGAUUUGUAAACAUGAGCCACUAACAUAUGAAGUUGCCUAGUGUAGCUUUAAACCCACAAGGGUAUUUUUUUGAGCAACAUUAAGUCAAGUGAUUUAUUUGGUCAUAGCCAUUAUUGUUAAAUCUCCAGUCUUCUCCAUUGUUGCCAUUGCCCCGCUGUGAGUAAGAGUAAUGCUAUACUUGCCACAUUCAAAGGGAAACACAAAGUGCAACUUUUCUAGAGUUUCUCACCAGCAACAAUGGUCUUGGGCUAAAGCACCCUGUGUGAAGGAACAGCGGCAGCAGAGAUUGAUGUUUCCCACAGUGAUGUGUCUCAGCAAGGUGAAAAGGCCUUAAAAAAUAUGUAGAUUAUUGUGGAACUGCUGAAAAGAAUGCAAAUAAGAUUCUUUUUGAUGAGGUUUAAACUUCACACCCAGCCUUUUAUACGUAGGUGGGUAAAACCUGGUACCUUGGUUGAUCGAUUUCUCAAAAAGUCAAAAUAGAACGGUGUUAAAAAUGUUCGACAGCAUGUCUGAGGUGCUGCACAGCUGUACUCUAUACUAUCUUUCUAGCUAUGUAUCAUCUAUCCAUCUUUAACCAGGCAUGCUGCAGCUGUUGACCAGUGUUGCUGAAUGAGAUCUGAAAAUAAGGCUAAAACUCCUAGACCAUCACUUCAGCAAUUAUUCAUUUUCACUCAUGUAAUACCAUCCCCUCUUAGGACUAGACAAUUUUAAGCUAUGUACGUUAUUUGCUGCUGGAUGCAUUUCCAUUGCAGAACAAAUAUGAAUUAUUAACAAAAGACAGUUUUGCGCAGCCUGGAAGAGGUGACUGUAUCAAACAAUGCAUUUUGCACCUUAUAAUAUUCAUGUUUGUAUUUCCAAGGGAAAUGUAGUUUAUGAAGCUCAUGUGAUAUUGUUGCAGUUGAAUUGCAAGGACAGAUAUGGAAAAUUUACUACAGAAUUUCAUGUUACUCUAUAGGUCAUAUAAACUGCACCUUGUGUUGUUUUGGUUUCAUUUCUUUCUGAUGGCAUUCAGGCCUCUCGUAACUACAAUAUUGUGAUUCUAACACUUAAUUAUACUUACAGUAUCUAUCAUAUGACCAACAUCACAAUCUACAGUAUACAUUUAGUAUUUAUAGUUGAAACAGUUGUGGGUUGAUUUGACAGUGCGUUUGUCUUGCUUAUUAAGGGGUGUUUCUCAGCUAACAGAAACCAUAUCUCAUAACACACUGCAUCCAACCUUUUGUUCCAAGUGGGGCAUAAUGAAAACACUUCUGUUGUAAUUUUGAUCUGCUCAUGUAGUCUAGGAAAGACAGGUGCAAAUGACACUUUAACAAUAUUCAGUUACUAUAGUAAAUGGUGCUGCUUUUUACUCUAAAACUGUUGUCCUUUACCCAGUCCUAUGUGCACGCACACACACACUCAAGGACUUUUUAAACAGAGAUUUAUUAAUAUGGUGCCCGUUGUCUCUCCGAUGACUUGUGGUAGAUUGUGACUUUAGAAAAGAUCAUCUUUGCAAUGCUCUUGCCCUCAGUGAUGUAAAUGAGGAGAAGGUUUUAUGGUUUAACUUCCUUUCUAACAUGCAAAGAGGUCAGGGAUAUUUAUUUAUCAGAUGGGAGAGAUUACAGGCUUUGACAUUCCACCAACCUUAAAGUAAAAUCUAUUAUGCCCACCCUGAGCCAAGGGCAUACUGCUAUGGCUAGCUGAACAUACUGUAUUGUACCCGUCCAUAUUUUAUAAAACACCAACAAUGUUUCCCUAACAUUUUGCAAUACAUGCCCAUUCAUCCUCAUUUGCCAAUGUAACCCCAGAUAAUUAAAACAAAUGUCAAUAUAGGGCCACUAGAAUUAUGCUGCAGUACAGUGUUUAAUGUGUCCCAUUUUAUUGUAAUGAGAAUAGCACUCAGAAGGGGAGAACAGUCUGUGUACUGUAAAUACUGUGUGAGGCAGUGAGUCGUAUUUGUCGGGAGGGAUUAUAAUGGGGUAUAUUUUGCUUGCAUUUGUCUGACCAAUAGCGGAAGUAGUUUACGUCGUGACAUGUCUACAUCAGUGCUAAAUCUGAAACCCUUACCUUACCAGACGGCCUUAACUAAAACACUCAUGAAUGUAGAGCCCCUAACGAUGCAAAAAAAUGACCCAGGAGAUGAGCAGAUACUGGAAAAUCAGGAGAGAAGUCACUCCCAAACUUUUUAUUUAAUUUUUUAUUAAACUCAAUUAACUUUUUUUUCUAAUUUAUUUGAUUGGUUUUAAGAUGACAUAUGAAAGGGCACAAAAAUAAUAGAAGACGAAAUGCCAGGUCACCAAGGGCAAUACAUCAUUUCACACUGAUUUCAGGUUCACUGCAUCUUAAAAGUUAUCUCUCCGAUUUUCACAGGAAGUACACAAACACAAACAUGUAUCUCUCAGAAUAGAUUCUCUCGUUUCAACACAUAUAAAAACUGGAGUCCUAGUAGGAUCAAUUCGUGCAGCUUCCAAGAAAUAAUACAAUAAAUUGAUUAUAAUUAAAAAAGGCAGUGCUGGCCCAUUUAUAUUUACAAGUCCUUGUAGUCACAAUUCAAGUACAGAUAAAAGAAUAGGCUGUGCGAAGGUCCUCAUGCAGUGUAUAAACUAUGAACCAUAUUUCCUGAUACGUUUACACAGAGAGGUCUAUAGACUGUAAGAAUUAGUAAAUUCACUAAUUUUCUUAGUUUAGAUUUAUAUACAUCAAUAAAUAUAUUUACAAGACAUUUUCCAGCUUCCUUUGUAACUCACAUUCUUUAAACCAUAUUCAAGUCGAGUAAUUUAGUUUAACUGUAUAUCUCUGUACUGUAUAUACACUGUGCCCCAGUAUAGACUGAAGGACUAGCAAGUGAAGGGAAGAAUAAUUUGCUCGAAAAAUCAAGUGCAUUAUAUAAUUACAGAAGCUGAUAAGAUGACAAGGGCUUACUUUUAAGUUCAAUGAAUUCUCUAAUUUGUUUAAAAAUACAGAAUCUUCUUCCAUUAAGGGGCUUUACCUCCAACAUUAACACACCAUUCAUAGAGUAUUUCAAAGGAGGACCCCACAGAUUGUGGCUGAUUCCGUUUAAUUACCCUCUUUAAACAGGAACCAAAAUUGUUUGAUGUCAUUUCAUCGUAUUAAGCCUUUUCCUGUUCAAAUUCACUCUGAAGAACAAAUUGGCAAUUCAUUUCCUAUGAGUGUCUGUGUCAGUGUUUCAGUCUAUUUCUCUCCUCUCAAAAUGUGUCAAGAUACCAAGGAUGCCCACUUAUUCCAUUACAAUUUGGUGUAGAGAUAGAGUAUAGGGAAGUAACACAUUCAGUACUUUUUCUACAACAUAGAAUUUACCUGCUAACCUUCUCUUGGCCCUGCUUGGUCAACUAGUCACAAUUAGAUUAUUUGGAAUACCUCUAACUAGGAGGGAGAGGUUUUUUUAUAUUAUUAUUUAUAAAUAAAUAAUAAUUUAUUCUUCUAUUGUGCCCAUGCAAAUUUUAAAGGGGAACUAAUAUAUGAAAGGCUUAGAGAGGACUGAUAAACGGAAGUUUAUACAUUAUUAUCUAAUCCAGCUAAACAUGGUUAAGAGUAAAUCAAGGCUGGCUUUGCUAAACACUGAUAUAUAGCCACUGUGGUAGUCAUUAAACAGAUGUUAACCAGAGUAGAAUGUGUAGUGCCACUGUUUUGGUUGACAAGAACAAACGUCUGUUUUCUUUGGCUAUCUUUGUCAUGCUAUCUUCUAUCUCCCUUGUAAGUCUAUAAAUAUCAGCAUAUUCACUCAUCUUUUGGCUUGAUGUAGGAUACUGUUAGCUUUGAAAUAUUAAAGUCCUCAUUUAUUUCACCUAAGUUUUGCCCUCAGAGGGACUAACAACAGCCUCUUUUAAUUAUGACAUUACAGCUGAUGGGCUACUUUAACAAUCCAACUGCUCUUCCACCUGACUGAAAGUCAUGCAAAUCAAGUCUACUUCCUGCAGACUGCAUACUGUGAUUCCAUCAUGUGUAGUACUUGAUGAUCUGGUACUCAUUAUCAUCAUUACAGGGUUUCCUUUAAAACAAACAAAAACUGUUCAAACAGAGCUUUUUGUCUUUUUGUAGCUUCAGGUUCGUAAUUUCUGGAAUUUCCUUGCAAAUUGUUUGAAUCAAUUUCACUUUCCAACCAGUAGGCAUGAGUAAAAUCUACAAAGUCAAAGUGUUGAUAGUAGGUAAUGAGGUUGGUUUAGCACAUAGAAAACUAAAUUACCUUUCCUGCUUGAUCAGCUUGUCAAACCAAGUGGGAGAGAGUAAAAGGGACAGAACAGGGGCGAAGAUUAACAGGAACCAGACCUCCCGACCUCACCGUCACUGGCUUGAGUGAAAAAUGAUGUCACUUCAGCUGUUUUUGCACCAAUCACCUAUCAGUAAGACUGAUAUCAGACACAAAGAUGUCCUCAAAAGUCACAGGGACACCAGCUGCUGCGAGUGAUAUACACUAUUACAGUAUGUGUGACAUGAAAUACACAUGAUGACAGAAUUAUAGAUACUAAGCAUAUGUGUUUUUGUGGUAUCAUGCGGGGCUAUUCUAUAAUCAUGGUACCAUUUUCCUGUUGCUGUAUAUCACUCGUCAUCUCUGAUGAAACGCACAUUUUUUUUUGCGUCUGUGUCACAUAUUUUUACCCACCAUGCUAUGAGGGGCUUAGGAGUGUGGCAAUUAUGUACAUUACAAAUCCUCAGGUGCCUUACAGUUUGAUUCUCAUAGGACUCUGUGGGUGAAUGUUUUGGGUCGAGAUACAUGAAAGGACUGCAACACCUCUUAAAGUGCAGGUUUGUCCGUAAUACCAUUAACAAAGGGCUGGAAACUGGGCUGGGUCGUACUGCAGAAUUUAAAACUAAUUUACAUUUAUAUUUGACUAAUCCAAACGUCCUACUGUAAUAAACUUCAGCACAAUGCGGUCUAGAGGAUAUCAAAGGAGGAUUUGCUAACAUUUGUUUUCCUCUUCUUUUUUUUUUAUAUUUGGUUUAGAUCACAUAGAGGUUCUGCUAUGAUUCACCAUGAUGCAGUUACAUUUUUAGAACUGAAUUUAGAUGUUAUGACAGCGGAUAAAGAUCCAUUGAAAACAAAGUGAAUUGUAGGAAAUCAUUGGAUUUCUGUGAGUGGAAAUGACGGUGUAAACAUCUCAGAGUGGAUGUCACAUCCAUUUCAGCAAAUCUUAAAAGAUCAUUUAUUUAAAGGUGUUUCUCUAUUUUUUCUCCUAGCUGUGAUAUUGUAAUCUUAUGAUGUUUUUGCCUUUUUUGGCGUCUACAUCUACAGAAUCUAGAGACUGACAAAACUUGACCAGCCAAAAAGUGCAAUAGUGUUUUCAUACAACGACGGGCAGGCUCACCUACAGCUAUUUACCUCACGGUUAAGUGUUUUUAGCGAACAUGGUAUAUUAGGAGUAGUUGUGAUCUCCACAGGAACAUUUUGUCAUGCCUGUGUACUAUGCAGCAGUACUUCUGUGGGGCGGCAGAGCUUGCAGGCCCCGAUGCAGAUCACCUUUCACUCCUGCAAGCACGCAGUCCAUUGUGCUACACACUUACAGGAGCAAAAACGUGUGCUGUCAUUGUCAUCCAGCACUCAGUCCUAUACAGCUCAUCCAUGAUCACUUAGUUACAAUUUACUUUGUGCUGAUUUAAAAAACAAGAUAUCUAGUGUAUAGAAAAAGUCAGCUAACUGUCAGUAAUACUCUAAAAUGAUCACAUGAAUGUGAUAAGUUAGAGUUCCUUUGCCAGGGUCACUUUGCCCUGUUAAGUCACUGCUCAAGACAUCUUAUUGCUUUGUACAACACAGUUCGCACCUUAUUUUAGACUAAUAUCGUUUAAUAGUUGUCCUGAAGAUAAACCUCAGAGAAGUCUGUAUAGGUGCUGAAUCAACCAACUUCUCUCCUUGUACUUUUCCUAAAUUAGCUUUCUUUUGUUUAUUCUGACAAUCAGCACACACCAAAAGCAUCAAAUGCACACACAUACACACAACAACAGCAGUGUCAUAUCCUCAAGAAAGAGCCCUGAGUUUCCCUUAUACCAUCUUGAGGAACGCUUUACAGUCUUUUCAAGUGAGGCUCCAUUCAGUUUUCAUUGAAAGCUUUUCUCCUUGGUUCUGAUACAAAUGCACUGCAAAGAUGUCUUUCUAUUGCUUGCUCUCUCUUCUCAUAAAUCAUGUGACUUUUGAUGCCAUAGAUCAGAGUUCCGCCUGUUGUCAGGCCAAACAGCAGUCAAGUGAGUAAUUAUGGUCCAUAUUUUUGAUGUCAUGCUUGCAUUAAUGCUGGGCUGUAUGAGAGUGUAUCUGCUCCUCAAGCAAUAAGCCUAAUUUAGAUAUUGAGGUUGGCUUUCAUCCUGAUCUUUAGACUUGUGACAAACCUAAAUCUGAGGGAUGUUACAGUACUGUUUAGGUGGUUGUUGAGCUACUUAAAGUAACAGUCUGAUAUUUUGGGAAAUAGGCAUAUUUGCUUUCUUGGUGAGAGUUACCUAAGUCGAUCGAUACCAUUCUCAUUUCUUCACGUUAAACAUGAAGGUACAGCCAGCAGUCGACUAGUGUAACUGAGCAUGAAGGCAGGGAGAAACAGCUAGCUUGGCUCAGUCCAAAGGUAACAAAACCUGCCUAAAAGCACCUCUAAUUGCCUAGCCUAGCUAUCCAGAGUGAAAACGCUGGUCUGCCAAAUAGACCAUCAUAAAACCACAAAUUGUUCAGGGCACUGGUAUUGCUUCUUGGGACACUUCAGUGGAACUUUAGCCAUCUUUAAUGUUAUUGGUUACAGGUUGGCACCUGUGCUUUUCCUGGAUUUUUGUAUGGAAUAAACAAACAGGACAUAACAUGUUAAUUAGGGAGCUUUAGAGAUGCUGGUAGGCAGAUUUUGUUACCAGGCUAGCUGUUUCCCCAGUUCCAGUCUUUAUGCUGAGCUAAGCUAACCCUCACCUGUAUGUAGUUUCAUAUUUAUUGUACAGACAUGAGAGUAGUAUCAAUCUUUUCAUCUCUCCAAGAAAGCAAAUAAGCAUAUUUCCCAAAAAGUCAAAUUAUUCCUUUAAACAGGCGAACGUUUUGCUUAGGUGACGUUAAAUGAGAAUUUGUUUAGACAAUGUAGAUGCUUACAUCUAACAUUUUCUCAUACUUGAUUUCUGUAAGUCCUCUGUAAGUAAAUUAUUAAGGUUGAUUUUAUGAUUUUUUAUUUUUUUUAAUUUUGAACUCAGUACCCAUCUACAGUGUUAUGGGUCUGUGUCAGUGUGAUCAAUCUACAUUUCCUCUGAAGAAUACCACUGCUCAUCUCUGCACCAAUUCUUGGACAUAGGAUCACAGUUCAACCAGAAUAUACAGGCAUAUGUUGUCCACAUUUGCAUAUUUAUUUUGAAUUGCGUGCUACUGUAUAACUGGGAGGAAAAAUGUUUCUGUGCUGUUCUUUAUGUUUCAAUGUUUUAUGAGGGGAGAGAGCAGUCACAAUUUUGUUUGCCUUUGGUGGAGAAAUGUCUUGUGUUGUGGCUGUGGGUAGAAAUAACAGAAGGCCUCUUAUGGGUUUUUGAAUGUGACAUGAGAAAAUUUUGAUAGUAUAAAAGGUUUGUGGUUAGCUUAAAACUAUUUUGAAUUGUUAGAUAUAUCAAUAAUGAGGAUAAAUAUAAUGCCAAAUAUUCAGUAUUUGUACAGAAAUAUACAUAUAUAAAUAUAUAAUAUAUGCCUAAUUUAAAUGGAACUAUUUUCCGCUCUUGACCAUGUUUUUGUUGUUUAACGUUCCUUUGUCAACAUUAUUUUAUAAGAUCUUCAGAUAGCAUGCAGGAUAGUGAAAAUGAAUGUAUUAUUUAGUGUUUCAUUGCUGCUCAGUAUUACAGCAUUCUACAGAUCAGUUUGUGUUUGUAAGAUUAAUUUAAGCUGAAUAUUUCAUUUCUAGAUUUGUUUAUCUAUAAAUGAAUUGUAAACUUUCUUUUCUAAAUGCAAGAUUUUGAAAUGGUUUCAACAAUUUAUAUAAUUUUAUUAUUUUCCUGCUUUAUCAAUGUGGUUCAGUAUAUUUUGCCUCUUCAAAGUACUGCUAUCAACCAUCUGUUGUAAAUAAUUAUGCAAAUUAAACUUUUUGAAGAAAACAG